AUAUUAUGUGAGUGCAGAGUGGAAGAUUGCCUUGCCCCUUGCGAACUGCGAGCAAAAAAGGAAAAAGUUGUUGUUGUUUCUUGAGCGGAAGGGAAAAAGGAUGGCAACGGUUGUUGGAUCCGAGAGAAAAGAAGAGAAAGGAACGGAAGCGUACUCAACGGCAUCGCUCCCUCUGGGUUUCCAGUUUAACCCCACGGACGAGCAACUUGUAUUCCACUACCUGAGAUUGAAGAACGAGGGCCGUGAGUCCGAGGUCCAGAUAAUUGGCGAAGUAGACUUUUACGACCAUGAGCCCUGGGAUUUGCCUGAUUUGUCGGUCAUUAAGUCGGACCAACGGGAGUGGUUCUUCUUCUGCCGCUGCCGGCGUGACGCCAAGGUACCCUCACGUCGAAAUAGGGCCACCCCCGCGGGCUACUGGAAGUCCACCGGUAAGGACCACUCCAUCCAGUCCAGCAGGUCGUCCUGUGAUGGCUUGAUUGGUACGAAGAAGACCUUGGUUUUCUACAAGGGCCGUGCUCCCAAAGGCACGCGCACCGACUGGGUCAUGCACGAGUAUAGUGCCAGUGCCACCAUUAAUUAUAAGGAGGAUCUUGCUGAAGGGACCAGCCCUCACCAGCUAGAAGUAACAUAUGGCAUCUCUCUCAUCGGCGCGUUUCAACGCCUCUCGUCAGUUGAAUUUCUUCUCUAUUCUACGCCUCUUGUCAGUUGGAUUUCUUCUCUGCUCUAUGCUUCUCGUCAGUUAGAUUUCUUCUUUGUUCUGAUAAUUGGCGAAGUAGACGUUUACGACUAUGAGCCCUGGGAUUUGCCUGAUUUGUCGGUCAUUAAGUCAGACCAACGGGAGUGGUUCUUCUUCUGCCGCUGCCGGCGUGACGCCAAGGUACCCUCACGUCGAAAUAGGGCCACCCUCGCGGGCUACUGGAAGUCCACCGGUAAGGACCGCUCCAUCCAGUCCAGCAGGUCGUCCUGUGAUGGCUUGAUUGGUACGAAGAAGACCUUGGUUUUCUACAAGGGCCGUGCUCCCAAAGGCACGCGCACCAACUGGAUCAUGCACGAGUAUAGUGCCAGUGCCACCAAUUAUAAGGGGGAUCUUGCUGCAGGGACCAGCCCUCACCAGGAUGACUUUGUUCUGUGUCGUUUGCUUCAAAACGAAUGGCUAGGUGCUAUCAAGGGGGAAAAAAUACACCACACUGGCUCCUCUAUUAUUACUACCAAUUCCUCUUAUAUUGGCGUAUCGGAUCUUGCUAGUGAAGCAGUGUUGAAAGAUGGGUUGAAGGACCAAGAGGGCUCAACAAUGGUGUCAUCGCCUUCAGUGCCAUCGAAAAGGACACGUGUGCUCAGUGAGACUCAAAAAAUUUCAUGCUUAGUUGAUGGAUGCAAGGCAGACCUCAAUAUGCGCAAAGCAUAUAAUCAGGGCCACAGGGUUUGCGAACGCCACUCCAAGAUCCCAGUGGCGCUUGUAGGGGGCAUAGAGCAGCGGUUCUGCCAACAAUGUAGCAGAUUCCAUUCCCUGGGGGAGUUUGAUGAGUUGAAGGGAAGCUGCAGGAGCCGCAUGGCUGGACACGUCAUGCGCAGAAUAAAAUCUCGGCCCCUUUACCCCAGUUCUAAGCAGUUUGUGUCCAAUUACAAAGAGGAAGGAAUUGAAAAACGAAUAACUGAGUCUCAAGGAGAGGUACUUGGGGUUGAAGCAUUUGAGAUGAAAUCGAAUUCUGGUGAAAAAAAUGAAGAAAUUGAGGUAGAAUUUGAAGCUUUAUGCUCAAGU